CCUUCCUCGUUCUCUUGCUUUUUACAAGCCAAAGGUUUUGUAAAUUGUUCAAACGUACCAACUAUUUUUAAAGCGAGCACUACGUUUCGUGUCAAUUAACGACUUAAAAAAUGCGUUACGUGGCCGCUUAUUUGCUUGCCGUUCUCGGUGGUAACAAGAACCCCUCUGCAUCAGACAUUAAAGAUAUUCUCGGGAGUGUGGCAAUUGACGUUGAYGACGAAMGACUKGACAGAGUCAUCUCUGAAUUGUCAGGCAAAGAUGUCAACGAGGUCAUCGAAGCAGGAAAAGAAAAGCUUGCAACCAUUCCCACUGGUGGUGGAGCUGUAGCAGCUUCUGGAGGCAGCGGAGGAGGAGCUGCAGCUGCAGAGGAGACCAAGGAAGAGAAGAAAGAGGAGAAGAAAGAAGACUCCGAGUCAUCAGAUGAAGACAUGGGCUUUGGACUGUUUGACUAACUCUUCUAAUUCUGCAAUAAAGUGUUCUUGUACACAAUUAA